UCGAAACACUCCCUGCUCCCCUGGCAACAGUCAUCUAUACAGUACACGCGAUUAUUCUGGCCUCUCACCUCAGACUGCUGGCGAGCCAAUGCAGCCGCUCGACCCGCACCGGCGCCCGCCUGACGGCAUCCGAUAUAUCUACAAAAGAUACCAGAAGAUGAAACUGCAGCAUCUGGAUCACGAUCCGGAAAUCAUAGAUUUGUCAAGAGAUCUAUCUGCAGAUCCGAAAACUAAAGUGCGCAUCGUCAAGGAGUUGGACGCCGACGGCCUGACCGCUACUUUUCGGUCCUUCGCCGGCAGCGACGUUGCGCUGAACGGCCUCGAGUCCAUGGCCACUUCAUCGAUACCCGUGUACGAGCACGACGACAUGCCAGGUCUGCACAUCGUUCCCUCUUUGCUACCACCAGAGAUCCAAAUCAUCUUGCUCUCCCGGCUGCUUCAUCGCGACCUCGCAGAAUCCUCACAUCUUACAAACAUUCACACCCAUUACAACAUCUCUUAUCCGCCCUCGCAAUCAUCCUUCUUCUCCCUCCCACCUAGCACUCUCAAUACCGUUGCUCAUCCCAUUGACCCUUCUAUUCAUCGUCCGCUUAGCAUAUCCCAGCUUCUGAACAGGAAGAUGCGCUGGAUGACGCUCGGUGGGCAAUACGACUGGACACAAAAACGAUAUCCGGACACCGCACCCCCGGAAUUUCCGCUGGAUAUCAAACAGCUGCUGGAAGGCAUAUUCACGGACACAAAAGCCGAAGCCGCCAUUGUCAAUCUUUACUCGCCAGGCGACACCCUCAGCGUUCACCGCGACGUCGCCGAGGCUAGCACUACGGGGCUAAUCAGCGUCAGUCUGGGGUGCGACGCCGUCUUCGUUAUCGGCACAUCUGCAGCCCCAUCUCCAUCUAGAAAUGUGCAGGAAACGAUCCUCACGGUGAGACUGCGUUCCGGAAGCGCGGUCUACAUGAGUGGUGCAUCCCGCUUUGCGUGGCAUGGCGUCCCGCAGAUCGUUCCGGGGACGUGUCCCGCGUACUUGAAGAGCUGGCCCGCGAGCGAGGACGGCGAGCUGAAUGAGUUUGAAGAAUGGAGAGGUUGGAUGGAAGGAAAGAGGGUGAAUCUCAACGUCCGGCAGAUGUGGGAUUAAUUCGACGCCUACUCUGCAACUUCAUCAUUAGGAAAUAUGGCUUUCAAUAAAAAGAUUGGUUGCGCAUCCGGCUUCCUGGAGGGCUUCAGACUGCUGAAGCUUGGUUAAAGUAUUCCAUUAGGCACAAAUUCACCUUUCCACUCGGUUGCGCCAGUUAGUUAGGAAUUUGACCUCG